AUGGAGUUCACCAUCCACGAGAUAAACAACAGAACAGAUCUCCUGCCGGGAAUCACGUUAGGAUACCAGAUACACGACUCGUGCUCUGAAGUGCCGAUGGCUGUUAAAGUUGCAUUUCAGUUUGCAAACGGCAUGGAACCAUUUUACAAUGAUACUGAUUCCUGUUCAAAAUCUGCAGCCGCCGCUGUUCCUGCUCUCGUGGGAGAGACUUCUUCCACCCCGUCAAUGAGCAUGGCUAGAAUGCUGGGUCUUUUUGGAAUUCCACAGGUGAGUCACUACGCAACCUGCGCAUGUCUGAGCGAUAAGCGUCAGUAUCCUGCCUUCCUCAGGACCAUCCCUAGUGACCACCACCAAGCGGCCGCACUAGCAAGAAUGGUGAAGUAUUUUGGCUGGACAUGGAUUGGGGCAGUGCGCAGCGACACAGACUAUGGAAAUAAUGGAAUGGCUGCGUUUCUAAAAGCUGCGCAGGAGGAGGGCAUCUGUGUGGAGUACUCCGAGUCCUACUACAGAACACAACCGCGCAGUAAACUGGAGAGAGUGGCGAACGUCAUCCGCAGAUCAACAGCCCGGGUAAUAGUAGCGUUUGUUAACUCAGGUGAAAUGAGGUUUCUGUUGGAGGAACUGGCGAGACAGCCGCCGCCUCCCCUUCAGUGGAUCGGCAGCGAAUCCUGGAUCAUAAAUCCAGACCUUUUGCGCUUUAACAUGUGCGCUGGGGCGAUAGGAUUUGGGUUCCCCCGCUCAGUGAUUCCAGGUCUUCGUGAGUUUCUUCUGGAUCUCUCUCCAGAACAAGCACUGAAAUCACCUCUGCUGACGGAGUUUUGGGAGAGCUCGUUCAGCUGUAGCCUAAAAGGCUCCUCAGGGGGCGCGCGGGAAUGUGACGGCAGUGAGGAUAUCCGCGCGCUGCAAAAUCCAUAUACAGAUACGACACAAUUGCGCGUGACUAACAUGGUGUACAAAGCUACGUAUGCCAUAGCGCAUGCCAUCCACAGUGUUAUCUGUAAUGACACGCAGUGUGACAAGAGCGCUAAAUUCGCCCCAUGGCAGAUACUCGACCAGCUCAAGAGAGUGAACUUCACUACAAAGAAUGGUUAUCAGGUCUCGUUUGAUUCCAGUGGUGAUCCUGUGGCCGUCUACGAGCUCAUAAACUGGCAGGUUAAUAAAGAUGGUGGUUUGGAGUUUGUGACUAUGGGUCACUAUGACUCAUCCAGACCAAAAGGCCAGGAGUUUAGUAUGAGCAGAGCUAUCAGCUGGGUUGGGGGACAGAACGAGGUGCCAAGAUCUGUGUGCAGUGAGAGCUGUCCUCCAGGAACCAGGAAGGCUGUGCAGAAAGGAAAGCCAGUCUGCUGCUAUGACUGUAUACCAUGUGCAGAAGGAGAGAUCAGUAACAAGACAGACUCUUUGAACUGUGUGCGCUGUCCUCCUGAAUUCUGGCCCAACGCCCAGCGAGACAGCUGCCUCCCCAAGCCUGUGGAGUUCUUGUCCUGGGACGACACUCUGAGCAUCAUCCUGACAGUGUUCUCCAUCACUGGGGCCUUCAUAGCUGUAUGUGUGACUGCUGUCUUCUACAAACACAGAACUUCUCCCAUCGUCCGAGCCAACAAUUCAGAGCUGAGCUUCCUGCUGCUCUUCUCACUGACUCUGUGUUUCCUCUGCUCACUUACUUUCAUUGGUCAGCCCUCUGAGUGGUCCUGUAAACUACGCCACACAGCGUUUGGGAUCACCUUCGUCCUCUGCAUCUCCUGUGUUCUGGGGAAAACAAUAGUGGUGUUAAUGGCCUUCAGAGCUACACUUCCAGGCAGUAAUGCCAUGAAAUGGUUUGGGCCUCCACAGCAGAGACUCAGUGUUCUUGCUUUCACUCUCAUACAGGUCCUUAUUUGUGUUCUUUGGUUGACAAUAUCUCCUCCUUUCCCCUUCAAAAAUCUAAAGCACUACAAGGAAAGGAUAAUACUGGAAUGUGGAUUAGGUUCAGCUAUAGGUUUCUGGGCUGUGCUGGGUUAUAUAGGAUUUCUGGCUCUUUUGUGUUUUAUUUUGGCUUUUCUAGCACGGAAGCUGCCUGAUAACUUUAAUGAAGCCAAGUUCAUCACAUUCAGCAUGCUCAUAUUCUGUGCAGUUUGGGUUACCUUUAUCCCAGCUUAUGUCAGCUCUCCAGGAAAGUUCACUGUAGCUGUAGAGAUAUUUGCUAUCUUGGCCUCAAGCUUUGGUUUGAUUAUUUGUAUUUUCGCUCCCAAGUUUUUCAUAAUUAUUUUUCGGCCAGAGCAGAAUACCAAGAAACACAUUAUGGUGAAUAUCAAGCGACUGCUGGAUGGAAACUUGGCGAAUGCAGCACUGACUGCGCUGGACUCUUUUGGAACACUUCAUGUUAAUCUAAGGGGUCUGCGCUUCGCUCGUGCCAUGGAGUUCACCAUCCACGAAAUCAACAACAGAACAGAUCUACUGCCGGGAAUCACGUUAGGAUACCAGAUACACGAUUCGUGCUCUGAAGUGCCGAUGGCUGUUAAAGUUGCAUUUCAGUUUACUAACGGCAUGGAACCAUUUUACAAUUAUAUUGAUUCCUGUUCAAAAUCUGCAUCUUCUGCUGUUCCUGCUCUCAUAGGAGAUUCUUCUUCCACCCCGUCAAUGAGUAUGGCCAGACUGCUGGGUCUUUUUGGAAUUCCACAGGUGAGUCACUACGCAACCUGCGCAUGUCUGAGCGAUAAGCGUCAGUAUCCCUCCUUUCUCAGGACCGUGCCUAGUGACUAUCACCAAGCGACCGCACUAGCAAGAAUGGUCAAGCAUUUUGGCUGGACAUGGAUUGGGGCAGUGCGCAGCGACACAGACUAUGGAAAUUAUGGAAUGGCGGCGUUUCUAAAGGCUGCGCAAGAGGAGGGCAUCUGUGUGGAGUACUCCGAGUCCUACUACAGAACACAACCGCGCAGUAAACUGGAGAGAGUGGCAAACGUCAUCCGCAGAUCAACAGCCCGAGUAAUAGUAACGUUUCUUGCCGCGAGCGACAUAAAGUUUAUUUUUGAAGAACUGACAAGACAGCCGCCGCCUCCCCUUCAGUGGAUCGGCAGCGAGACGUGGAUCAUAGAUCCAGAUAUUCUGCGCUUUAACAUGUGCGCUGGGGCGAUAGGUUUUGGCAUCCCCCGCUCAGUGAUUCCAGGUCUCCGUGAGUUUCUUCUGGAUCUCUCUCCAGAACAAGCACUGAAAUCGCCUCUGCUAACGGAGUUUUGGGAGAGCUCGUUCAGCUGUAGCCUAAAGGCUCCUCAGAGGGGCGCGCGGGAAUGUGACGGCAGCGAGGAUAUCCGCGCGCUGCAGAACGCAUAUACAGACACGUCGCAGCUGCGCAUCACUAACAUGGUGUACAAAGCUACGUAUGCCAUAGCGCAUGCCAUCCACGGUGUUAUCUGUAAUGACACGAAGUGCGACAAGAGCGCUAAAUUCACACCAUGGAAGAUACUCGACCAGCUCAAGAGAGUGAACUUCACUACAAAGAAUCGUUAUCAGGUCUCGUUUGAUUCCAGUGGAGAUCCUGUUGCCGUCUAUGAGCUCAUAAACUGGCAGGUUAAGAAAGAUGGUGGUUUGGAAAUUGUGACUGUGGGCCACUUUGACUCAUCCAGACCAAGAGGCCAGGAGUUCAGUAUGAGCAGAGCUAUCAGCUGGGUGGGGGAACAGAAAGAGGUGCCAAGAUCUGUGUGCAGUGAGAGCUGUCCUCCAGGAACCAGGAAGGCUGUGCAGAAAGGAAAGCCAGUCUGCUGCUUUGACUGUAUACCAUGUGCAGAAGGAGAGAUCAGUAACAAGACAGAUGCUUUGAACUGUGUGCAAUGCCCUCCUGAGUUCUGGCCCAACACCGGGCAAGACAGCUGCCUCCCCAAGCCUGUGGAGUUUCUAUCCUGGGACGACACGCUGAGCAUCAUCUUGACAGUGUUCUCCAUCUCUGGGGCCUUCAUAGCUGUAUGUGUGACUGCUGUCUUCUACAAACACAGAACUUCUCCAAUCGUCCGAGCGAACAACUCAGAGCUGAGCUUCCUGCUGCUCUUCUCACUGACUCUGUGUUUCCUCUGUUCACUUACUUUCAUUGGUCAGCCCUCUGAGUGGUCUUGUAUGCUGCGUCACACAGCGUUUGGGAUCACCUUCGUCCUCUGUAUCUCCUGUGUUCUGGGGAAAACAAUAGUGGUGUUAAUGGCCUUCAGAGCUACACUUCCAGGCAGUAAUGCCAUGAAAUGGUUUGGGCCUCCACAGCAGAGACUCAGUGUUCUCACCUUCACUCUAAUACAGGUCCUUAUUUGUGUUAUUUGGUUGACAACAGCACCUCCUUUCCCCUUCAAAAAUCUGAAAUACUACAAGGAAAGGAUAAUACUGGAAUGUGGAUUAGGUUCAGCUAUAGGUUUCUGGGCUGUGCUGGGUUAUAUAGGAUUUCUGGCUCUUUUGUGUUUUAUUUUGGCUUUUCUAGCACGAAAGCUGCCUGAUAACUUUAAUGAAGCCAAGUUCAUCACAUUCAGCAUGCUCAUAUUCUGUGCAGUCUGGAUCACCUUUAUCCCAGCUUAUGUCAGCUCUCCUGGAAAGUUUACCGUAGCUGUAGAGAUAUUUGCUAUUCUGGCCUCAAGCUUUGGUUUAAUUAUUUGUAUUUUUGCUCCUAAAUGUUUUAUAAUUGUUUUUAGGCCAGAGCAGAAUACCAAGAAACACCUGAUGGGUAAAGUUCCCUCCAAGGCUCUCUGA